UUAGAAUAUUGUAAUAAUCGACCUCUUUAUUUUAAACUUAAUUUACCGUAAGGUAUAUUUAUAAAUUACCGUUAUGCAGUUUGGGAAUGUUAAACAUGUGCAAUACGUACGUUAUGGAAGACGUCUAUAGUAGUAUCACGAAAACUUGCAUGUCCUAGGAAUUAUUUUUUUCAUGUCCAAUCAAGGACAUGAAAAGUUUCUUAAAUAAAAGUGAACACUGAAGGAGCGUGGCUAACUAUUCUCUGUUCCAAUAUUUGCUCAAAUUUGGAGCGUGUUUUGCAGACACAUUGUUUUUAAUAGUUGCGUCUAAAAGGGACAUGUCUCAGCCAGUCUGCCCAAAUAUUCCCUACACCAUAUGCUUAUCACGUCAGUUUGGCGAUAAAUAAAAAAAAACUUCGUCGUCAUCAUCAUUACAGCCUCCCUAAUGAAUGCAACAAAGCAAUCUCCUGAGCCCCCCGCAUCCAUCCACUUCCUACAUAUCUCACCAGGUCUUCAAUCCAUCUAGUGGAGGGACGCCCUACACUUCGUCUACCAGUACGAGGCUACCACUCGAGAUCCUUUCUUCCCCAUCGGUUGUCGAUUCUUCAAGAUAUAAUAUAGAUAGAUUAGCCGGCCCACUGCCACAUCAGCAUACUAAUCCAUUUGGCUGUGUCGAGUACUCUGGUUCUAGUGUGGAUAUUCUCAUUUUUAAGUCUAUCACGCAAUAAAACCCCAUGCAUAGCCCUCUCCAUAGCUCGCUGAGCGACUAAGCUUCCUCAUACGGCCCGUAGUGAACGACCACGUCUCAGAUCCAUGUCAUCACUGGCAACACGCAUUGGUUGUAAAAUCUCGUUUUGAAGUUUUGCAGUGGGCCAGGAAAACAUGAAGACAUAAUGUAAUAGAUCAAGCUCAUAUUGAAAAUGCGUUCAGUAAAAACGUAUGAAGUAUAUGAAAAAAACGCAAUAUACAUGGGUCAAAUUUUAUUUCCUUCUAUUCAGAAAAUGGAAGUUGACAGAAAUAGCUUCAUUAGGGGUAAAUUUUUCUAAACGACUUCUGUUCAGUGUAGUUAGCAGUCCACUUUAAUUGGAUGUGUAAAAUUGCUCUAUGUCUGUCAGAUUUUCGGAUAGGAUUUUAUGUUAUAUUAUAAUGCAUCUUAUUGCCCUUGACCCAUACGGAAGAAUUUAUACUGAAAUCCUGAUAUCUGUAAUCUAUGUAUAAAUUUAUGCAGAACUUGAACCCCGAUACAUAAAUCUUGAAGCGGUCACAUACCGUAACGUCAUUAAGAACCGUCAGAUCUCAAGUCCAACUGUAUAAACUAGCGUUUGCUACUACUAUUUGCGUACAAAGCAAUUAAACGACGUAUUGACUGAUAUUGUUAUUUACCGUCACUCGUAUUUCAUGUGAAUGUCAAACAAUUAUUGAUAACAAAGUAAUUUAUUUCCCUAGGAAUUUCAAUCUGCGACCUUUACAAUAUCUACAACUAUCCUUUCACGUUUUAAACUUCUUUUACUUUUAUCCCUGACAAAUUACAGAGUACAGGGCAUCAUCUAAACCGUGCAUAAUACGCUCCGCAUCUUCCUCGAAGACGAAUGGUUAUAAAAUGAAAAAGGCCUGCGGCGUCUUAAAUUAUUUUAAUUGGCUUCGGUAGCUCUUCGGAAAACGUGUUUAUGAGUAAACUACGAAAUUCGUGUGGGAUACCUAUAUGUGAAUCUACUAGGAAUUGGUAUUAUAUUCGAUCCAUUAUUUGAUAAUGAACCAAUUCGUUUAUUCUUUUGUUUUUUAUUUCUUUGCAGAGCGAUCAAGUCUUUUAAAAUAGGUUUAUUCUUAUUUUAAAUAAUAAAAAAGUUAAUUUUAAUAUGACAGUUCGUAGCAGGAAAAGAUUUGGGUAACUUCUGAAGUGUUAAUACGUUUGAGAAAUUUGUUGUUUGCUCUUAUUUCUCGGCGAUAGAGUUUUAAAAGGUUUUGUUUUCUAUAAAACUUUGUUACUCCCGACAGCGAAGAGUAAUGCCGAACAAGCAAAAACAAUUAACAAAUUGAUAAGCUCAAAACAAUUUUCAAUUAACUUCCCCAGGAGUGUUCGCUGUUUACAAAUAACCGUCAUUUAUCAGAAAUGCCUAUGCAGUUUUUAACGUCUGAUUUCAUUCAGGGCUGCCUCAUGCUAAUGUUAAUACAAUAAUAUAAAUUUGAAUCUCUAUACAACCGUUAAUUUAUAGAGAUAUUAACGUUAAAUUAGAUAAAAUACAUGAAUAAGUUUUUGUCGACCCUGCAAAAAAUUGUACGGGAUAUUUUGCUUUUCUUUAUAUUAGUUGUUAAUUUUCUUACUUUUUCAAUUUCAGAACGAAAGCGGGGAAGGCAGACAUACACCCGGUACCAGACCCUCGAGCUGGAGAAGGAAUUCCAUUUCAACCGGUACCUGACGCGAAGGAGAAGGAUCGAGAUCGCACACGCGCUCUGCCUCACCGAGCGCCAGAUCAAGAUCUGGUUCCAGAAUCGACGCAUGAAAUGGAAGAAAGAGAACAAAACCAAAGGCGAGCCAGGCUCUGGAGACGAGCCGGACAACAUGAGUCCGCCGACAUCGCCACAGUAAAACCCUUAGCUUAGUUUUGGUCAGCGGCCGGCAAUCUGAAACAAUCUCGGUACGUUUCAGAUUCCUUCCAACCGAUGUAACAACGACAAUUUAUUUUGAUACGUUCAAUUUGUGCGCUUAAAUCUGACACAAUCGACUCGAGGGCCGAAGUUACUAGAACUUUAAUUUGUAUAAAUUGUAUGUUGGACUUUUCAUAAUAUUACACUAUACCUAACUAAUACGUAACUUAGUGACUUGGCAUAAAGAGUAAUGAUAGUGUGAUGAAGAGAUUUUUACAGUUGUUAAGUAUAAAUUAAUUUAUAGAACAAUCUCAAUACCAAUAAUUACCAAAAAAAGCAGUGUUUAAAUAUUUGUAAAACUGCAUCGUUUAUGUGAUUAAAUAUAGCUGGAUUAUAAUUUGAAAACUGGACAAAAUUAUACUAUAUUCCGUUGCAAUUGAUUUCGUACACCUGUUUCUGUCAAAGUGUUCGACUUUUAAUAUAUGUAUAAUUGAUUUUUAUUUAGUAAUCUGUUACCUGCUGCUAUAAACU